UAUUUGGCUGACCUCGAUGCCAAACUUAACCUCCUUUCUCCAGCUGUUGCCUGCACCGCGUCACUCCACACACCAGUUCCGACAACCAGCCGACACCAGACAAGUUCUCUGCUGAUGCAUCUCAGUGGGAUUGAGAUGUGUCAGUUUUUGGAGCGGGAGUGUGUGGAAGUGUGUGGGAAGCGUGUGAUGGAGUUGGGAGCAGGCGGCGGCUUGGUCAGCAUACUGGCUGCUCGAUUAGGUGCACAUGUGACGGUGACGGAUCUCCCUGAGGUUCUCCCCCACACUGUGAGGAACAUUGACUCUAACACACCGCUGACCGGUUGGCCUGCCGGACUCCCCACCGUGCUGCCGCUGUUCUGGGGUCGUGAUCUCGACCAGUUCUCAUCUCAGUGGGAUCUGGUGCUUGGCUCCGACAUCGUCUACAUCCCCGAGACUUUCCCUCUGCUUCUCCACACUCUGGUCCAUCUGAGUAAAUGUGGCGCUGUGGUUUAUCUCUCAUCUAAAAUGCGCAGAGAACACCACACAUACGAGUUCUACAACACGUUGCUGCCUCAGAGGUUCCGUGUGGAGCUCGUGCACAGAGACGCUCAUAAAAAUAUUAACAUUUACAGAGCCACUCUGAGCAGAACACAGGAACCCUGAGGAAGGCCUGACAUCACAGCUCUGUGUGUGUGUGUGUGUGUGUGUGUGUGUGUGUGUGUGUGUGUGUGUGUGUGUGUGUGUGUGUGUAAGCAGGGCUUAGCAUAUGAAAUGGCAUUCAGAACUUUGUCUAACCUUCAGGAAGUGGUGUAUUGAGGUACUGAGAGCCAAUCAAAUUGCAGGCUUUAAGAUUCUGAAGCUUGUGGCCAGAAAAGUGUGACACUGUUUCCUGGUGUUUCUGCUGAUGUUCUGAUUUCUGUUCACAGACUCAAUCCUGUUUGUUCCGCUGCAGAGUUUCAGAUAAAGAGCUCGCUCUGAAUCACAGAUCUUUAUCAUCAGCACUGAAACUCGGUGUGUGACUCGGUACUGAGUUUAUUUUCACACACUGACGAUGUUUAUCUGAAGAAUAAAGUCCUCAGGUGUUUCUACAGAAAUUUAUCCAGAUUCUGAUUCAGUUUCUGAACUUUCUGGUUUUGUGUGAAAUUAAAGACUCUAAUGAACAAGGGCAUUUCGCUUCUUUUUUCUGCAUUAUUUCUGGUAAAAAAUUAAACUGUCUUGAAGGAGAACUUCAUGAUUCCUGGAUGAGUUUUUGUUCCUGUGCAGGAACUGUGAAAGUUACUGAGAAUAACAACAUGAUGGAGGACUGAAACUCUUCUUCUG